AACACACAAACCUGCAGAAGCUCUUCAUCUGGACUUCAGCUCACUCUCCAGCUGACAGCAUUUUGGGAACAACUAGGCCUAUAGGAAAACAAGUAACAGCGUCUGGUGGAGAGAUGCGCUACACGUUUAAGCCGGAUGACUGUAUGGUCAUCAGCAUUCCUCUGGGAAACCUCAGGAACAUGAGAGACGGCCAGCUGAUGCCCGAGAAAUUCACCUGCGUCUUCAAAGACACUUACAAGGUCUUUCUUAAAGGACGGCCAAAGGAACUCGGGGCGGCUCAGCUCAGCAUCGGAGUGUUUGUCAUUUGCAUCGGCAGCCUCAUUACUCUUGAAUACGGUCUGUCCCAUCUAGUGUACACCCUACCUAGUGCCCUGUUCAUUGCAAGUGGCAUUCUGACAUUUGCAGCUGGAAGUUCUCCAUUCAUGCCUGUGGUAAAGCUGUCCUUCAUAUUCAACAUUAUCAGCCUUUUCUGGUCAAUCGCAGCUAUAGUUCUCUGUGCAUUAUUAAAUGAAGGAAGUUGGGAUUGGUAUAACAGCACAGAAUACAACACAAGGAGAAACAUGCUUGUGGGGCUGAAGGUGGUGAUCGGUGUGUUGUGUGGGUUGGAGUUGAUUCUGGCUCUGAUUCUGAUCUAUUGGGAGAGUAAAGCCGUGUGCCGAUCUCACUUCAACACUCUGCCCUUGAUCACCAUCAAGCAAGAGGUUUGAUCAGACGGGUGAGAUCGAGGAAAAAUGACCCAUUUGUGAACUGAACUGUAAUGACAUCUGAAUUGAAUGUGUAUAUAAAUGCUUGAUUAAUGCCUUUUUCUGUAGCUCAUCUGGUGCUGCAGUGUCAGGGUCAUGGGUUUGAUUCCCUGGGUGUGAAUAGAUCAGAUGUUUAGCAUGAAUGCACUGUAAAUUGCUGUAUAAACAUGUUUGCCAAAUGCAUAAAUGUAAAU